UGUUGUGUUGCGUUAGUUUCAAACAACUGCAUGCGUCCUCCGGGUGCUAUUCUAACUCCUGGCGAGAGUAUUAUUGCAACGGUUUUCAAGUUUGUGGAACCUUCAGAAAACAAUGAAAUACCGAUAGACCGAAAGAGAAAAGUGAAAUUUAAAAUCAUGAGUCUAAAAGUGAAAGGAAUGAUGGACUAUGUACCCGAGCUAUUUGAUGAGCAAAAAGAUCUAGUAACUGUGGAGCAGAUACUGCAAGUUGUUUUCCUAGACGUGGCACGACCAAGCCCAGCACUAGAGAAAUUGAAACGCCAGAUAGCCGAGGCUGAGGCCGUUGUUGAAACCCGCAAGAAACCUCCGGAAGACACCGAGCCAAAGAUUGUUGGUGAUGGACUUGUCAUAGAUGAAUGGAAAGAACGCCGGGAGAGAUACCUCGCUCGACAACAAGUUGAAGGAGACGACUCGGUAUAAUAAUGAAAUAUUUCUUUUUAUGUUGUUUCUCAUUGUUAAAAGCUUUCCAUUGUUGAAUCUGUAAGUUGAGAGGUAGAUUACUACACGUAUAUAACUACGCCGGUUGGUGGUUACACGUAGGAGGUACAAGUCAGAACAACGUAAAGUACUGUUUGGACUUGCACACGACGGUUCCAUCAACAGGUAGAACCAUAAUUCUCUUGUGUGAUUGGCAAUCUGUAUGUUUUGUAUGUUAUAAGAGUUAUCUUAGCAUAUGGUUCAUUGCGCCGUAUGAAA